UCCCAACAACAACAAUUGCCACCACCACACCUGUUACAACACCAACCGAACCUCCUACAACAACCACAGUAUAUACAACCCCACAAACUCAAACUCCUACAACAAAUGAAACACCAGCCACUACCACAACAUAUAUAACCCCACCAAAUGAAUCCACUACACCUUGUAUUAAAACAUGUGAGUGGUCAGAGUGGUACGAUGUGCAUAACCCAUUAGAGGACAAAAGUGACUGGGAAACGUAUGAGAACAUCACAAAUAGUGGUAUACAAAUGUGUGAAACUCCCACAGAAAUUGAUUGUAGAGCAACAGAUAAUCCUGACAUGGACUUCGAUGACUUUGUAACUCAGACUGGCCAACAGGUUUCUUGUGAUCUAGGAGUGGGUUUAAUAUGUAGAAAGGAGGACCAAUUUAGACCUCCACGGAAAUGUUUCAAUUAUAAGAUCAGAGUAUGUUGUGAAGUAGAUACAUGUGUGCCCACUAUAACAACUGCAACACCAACUACAACCACAGAAUUGACAACCCCACCAACUAAACCCACAACAACAACAACUGAAACACCAACCACAACCACGGAAUCGACAACCCCACCUAUUGAACCCACUACAACACCUGAAACACCAACCACAGAAUCUACAACCCCACCCCCUGAAUCCACUACAACAACUGAAACACCAACCACCACCACAGCAUCUACAACCCCACCCCCUGAACCCACUACAACAUCUGAAACACCAACCACAACCACAGAAUCUACAAACCCACCCCCUGAGCCCACUACAACAACUGCAACACCAACCACCACCACAGCAUCUACACCCCCUGAACCAACAACAACACCUGAAACAGCAACCACAGAAUCUACAACCCCAACCCCUGAGCCCACUACAACAACUGCAACACCAACCACCACCACAGCAUCUACAACCCCAACCCCUGAACCAACUACAACACCUGAAACACCAACCACCACCACAGCAUCUACACCCCCUGAACCAACUACAACACCUGAAACACCAACCACANNGACAAAAAGCAAAACCAUCUGA